GACAAGUCUACACAAAGGCUAAGAGUCAACAAGACCACACAACACUUCUUACUAUUAGUUUGCAAAGGCUGUUCGUUGGAUACUUCCUCCUCUCCCCCUCUCUCCUCCUCUCUUAUAUUCUCUUUAUAAACUCUCAUCUCUCACAUAUAUCUUUUCUUGCAUUCUCCAACUAAACCUCAAAUCUCAAUUUCAUUAGCUCGGCUUUUUCUUACUGUCUCCAAUAUUAAUGGAUAACACUGACCGUCGUCGCCGUCGUAAGCAACACAAAGUCACUCUCCAUGACUCUGAAGAAGUGAGCAGUAUUGAAUGGGAGUUUAUCAAUAUGACAGAACAAGAAGAAGAUCUCAUCUUUCGAAUGCAUAGACUUGUCGGUGAUAGGUGGGAUUUAAUAGCAGGACGAGUGCCAGGAAGACAACCAGAAGAGAUAGAGAGAUACUGGAUAAUGAGAAACAGUGAUGGCUUUGCUGAGAAACGACGCCAACUUCAUCACUCCUCUUCUCACAAAAGUACCAAACCUCAUCGUCCACGUUUUUCUAUUUAUCCUUCUUAGUUUUUGUUGUCAUUAUAUUUUAUUCUGUUUUCUUCCCCACCACAAAAAAAAAAAGAUUUAUGUAUAUCUGUAGUUUCAUAUAGCAUAACGAAAUUGUUAUGUUUUGUGUUGUGCUUUAUAUUUCAAUAAUAUAUAUCAGAAUUGAA